AUGACAGUGACCGGAAGAUUUUCUUCUGCUUUCGGCCGUCGUUUAAGAGACGACAAAACCCACAAGCGCGUACGCAAGACCUCAGUGACCCAACAAGUUCUCGAGCAACUCGAAGGCGGUAACGUCUCGAAAGCCGUCUCUGUUCUCUUCGUCUCUCUAGAGCCAGUUUCAUACUGGCUAUACAAGCUCCUUCUCCGUUCAUGUUCGUCGGCAUCACUUGCUGUGCAAACCCGUAAAGUCGUAUCACACUUGGUGACUUUCUCUCCUCUGCCCCCGAUUGUCCUCUUGAACAGAGCAAUCGAAACCUACGGUAAAAUCGGGUGCGUGAAUGAUGCCCGAGAGCUGUUUGAGCAAAUGCCCGAACGAGAUGGUGGGUCAUGGAACGCUUUGAUCACCGCUUGUGCGCAGAACAAAGUUCACGAUGAGGUGUUUCGUACCUUCCGUAGGAUGAAUAGAGAUGGGAUACGAGCGACGGAGACUUCUUUUGCCGGCGUUCUAAAGUCAUGCGGUUUGAUAUUAGACUUGAGAUUGCUGAGGCAGCUUCAUUGCGCUGUGAUAAAGCAUGGGUUUUCUGGGAAUGUUGAUUUGGAGACUUCGUUCGUUGAUGUUUACGGCAAGUGUCGGGAUAUGAGUGAUGCGAGGAGAGUGUUUGAUGAGAUUAAGCACCCAAGUGAUGUCUCAUGGAAUGUGAUUGUGAGGCGGUAUCUUGAGAUGGGUUCUAAUGAUGACGCUGUGGGGAUGUUCUUCAAGAUGCUAGAGUUAAAUGUUCGACCUUUGAUUCACACCGUUUCUAGUGCAGUCUUGGCUUGUUCAAGAACCAUGGACCUUGAGGUGGGAACGUUAAUCCACGGGAUUGCUGUAAAACUUAGUUUUGUGCCGGACACAAUUGUUUCUACUUCUAUCUUUGAUAUGUAUGUGAAAUGUGGUAGAUUGGAGAGUGCUCGUAGAGUAUUUGAUCAAACCGAGUCUAAAGAUUUGAAAUCCUGGACUUCAGCUAUGUCAGGGUAUGCGAUGAACGGUAUAACUAGAGAUGCAAGGGAACUCUUUGAUCUGAUGCCUGAGCGGAAUAUAGUCUCGUGGAACGCCAUGCUGGGAGGAUAUGUACGCGCUAACGAAUGGGAGGAGGCGCUGGAUUUUCUCGCUUUGAUGCGUAAGGAGGUGGAAGAUAUUGAUAACGUCACUCUUGUGUGGAUUCUAAACGUCUGCUCGGGUGUUUCAGAUGUUCAAAUGGGGAAGCAAGCUCAUGGUUUUAUCUACCGGCAUGGGUACGAUACGAAUGUGAUUGUAGCCAAUGCACUUCUUGGUAUGUAUGGAAAAUGUGGUACCUUUGGGAGCGCCAAUACUCUGUUCCGUCAAAUGAGUGAGCUAAGGGAUGAGGUUUCAUGGAAUGCUCUGUUGAAUGGUUUAGCUCAACUUGGGCGGAGCGAACAUGCGAUUUCUUUCUUCGAAGGGAUGCAACUCGAGGCAAAACCUAGCAAAUACACACUCGCGACGCUCUUGGCAGGUUGUGCAAACAUUCCUGCUCUUAGGUUAGGCAAAGCAACGCACGGGUUCUUGAUCAGAAACGGGUAUGAAGUCGACAUUGUUAUACGUGGUGCUAUGGUUGACAUGUAUUCCAAAUGCCGAUGCUUAGACUAUGCUAUCGAAGUGUUCGACGAGGCAGGUACACGGGACUUGAUCCUAUGGAACUCUAUCAUCCGUGGAUGCUGUCGUAAUGGGAGAAGCAAAGAGGUGUUUGAGUUGUUCAUGCUUAUGGAAGAUGAAGGGGUUAAGCCUGACCAUGUCACGUUUCUGGGAAUCUUACAUGCUUGCAUACGCGAAGGCCAUGUGGAACUCGGUUUUCAGUAUUUCAGCUCUAUGAGCACCAAGUAUCUUAUAUUACCGCAGGUUGAGCAUUAUGAUUGUAUGUUCGAACUCUACUGCAAGUAUGGAUGCUUGCAUAAGCUUGAAGAGUUUCUCCUGUUGAUGCCUUUUGAUCCAACUAUCCAAAUGUUGACAAGAGUAUACGAUGCUUGCCAAAGUCACGGCUGGAAAAAGUUAGAAGCAUGGGCUGCGAAACGGCUUCAUGAACGAUCAUCACCUGCAGCCACCGUUUUAUGA